CAUUGAGUUAGCAGUUUUAGUCUUUUAAUUUGUAUUGCUCUUUUUGAGCUGAAACUGUGUUUAGUUAGCAAUGUGUACGAAAAUGCGAACAUUUCAUCCUUUGGCUAAAGGAGAACUGAAAACGGAAGGGUUUACAGUGAAAUCCACCAUGAAGAAUUCAGUGGUGGUGGGCCCUCCAGCUGCAGGGGCUUUCAGAGAGAGGCCAGCUAAACCCACAGCUUUCCGUAAGUUCUACGAGCGUGGAGACUUUCCCAUCGCACUGGAACAUGACUCUAAAGGCAACCGCAUCGCAUGGAAGGUGGAGAUUGAAAAACUGGACUACCAUCACUACCUCCCCCUGUUUUUUGACGGAUUGUGCGAGACAGUUCACCCCUAUGAGUUCUUCGCUCGACAGGGCAUCCAUGACAUGCUGGAGCAUGGUGGCAGUAAGAUCCUGCCUGUUAUUCCACAGCUCAUCAUACCCAUCAAGAAUGCUCUCAACACGAGGAGCAGGCAGGUCAUCUGCACCACGCUGAAGGUUCUGCAGCACCUGGUUGUGUCAGCAGAUAUGGUGGGUGAGGCGCUGGUCCCGUACUACAGACAGAUCCUCCCCAUCCUGAACAUCUUCAAGAACAUGAACAAAAACUCAGGUGACGGUAUUGACUACAGCCAGCAGAAGAGGGAGAACAUCGGAGACCUGAUCCAGGAGACACUUGAGGUGUUUGAACGCUACGGGGGCGAGGACGCCUUCAUCAACAUCAAAUACAUGGUGCCCACCUACGAGUCCUGCCUUCUCAACUGAAUGGAAUUGAGAACUCACUCACAAACACACUCUUAUACAAACAUGUAAACACACCCACCUUAUGCUACAAACCUAAUUUCUGACUUUAUUAAAUGUAUCAGCUGUAUGUAUCAGAGAAGAC